UAAAUCAAAAAUCAUAAAUUCCCAGUAAAUGCGUUAAUUAUCCAUCUUCCUCUUCUCUCUGUAAUCGUUUCCAGCACACCCACCAAGAACACGCACAAAACACACACACACACACAGAAAUAAAUAAUUAAUUUUGUAUUUUCUCUCUCUAGAAAAUGUUGUCGAGAUCUUACUUCAAUCUGUUGAACCUCGACGACUGCACGACUGACCGGACACGUAUACCGAGGGUUAUUUCCAUGCCGGGAAUCAUACCGGAUUACGACACCGCCGGCGGCGGCGGCGGCGGAACGGCGGAAUCCGAUUCCUCUUCUUCUUCUUCUCCACGCGCCGCCGCCCAAGAAAGGAGAGUAAUCGUGGCGAACCAGUUGCCAUUAAAGGCGACCCGUUCCGAAGAUUCGUCGUGGUCGUUCGAUUGGGACAAAGAAGCCCUAGUUCUGCAAUUAAGAGACGGGUUUCCCUCCGACGCCGACGUCAUCUACGUCGGCUGUCUGCCGGCGGAGAUCCCCCCGUCGGAGCAGGACGAGGUGGCGCAGCUCCUCCUCGAGAAAUUCAAAUGCGUCCCGACUUUUCUGCCGACCGAUCUGCUCAACAAAUUCUACCACGGAUUCUGCAAGCACUACCUCUGGCCCCUGUUCCACUACAUGCUCCCGUUAACCCCCAACCACGGCGUCCGCUUCGACAAGGCCACGUGGCAGGCUUACGUGUCGGCGAACAAGAUCUUCGCCGACAAGGUGAUGGAGGUGAUAAACCCCGACGAGGAUUUCGUGUGGGUGCACGACUACCACCUCAUGAUUCUCCCCACUUUCUUGAGAAAAAGAUACCACAGGGUUAAGCUAGGGUUCUUCCUCCACAGUCUAUUUCCCUCGUCGGAAAUUUAUCGGACUUUGCCGGUGAGAGAGGAGAUUUUAAGGGCGCUGUUGAAUUGCGAUUUGAUCGGAUUCCAAACGUUCGAUUACGCCCGGCAUUUCUUGUCUUGCUGUAGUAGGAUGCUGGGAUUGGAGUAUCAAUCAAAGAGGGGUUACAUUGGGUUGGAUUACUACGGUCGAACCGUCGGUAUUAAGAUCCUGCCUGUCGGAAUCCAUAUGGGUCAAAUCCGAUCGGUUAUGUCUUCGUCGGAGACCGCUAAUAAGGUUCGAGAAUUGAGGAGGAAAUAUGAUGGGAGAACUGUUUUGUUGGGUGUGGAUGAUAUGGAUAUGUUUAAAGGUAUAAGCUUGAAGUUCAUGGCGUUUGGUAUUUUACUCGAUGAGAAUCCGACUUACCGUGGGAAAGUUGUUCUGGUUCAGAUAAUGAACCCGCCGAGAAGCAGUGGUAAAGAUAUUCAGGAGGUCGAAAGCGAGAUCAAUCGAGUUGCGAAUGAAAUCAAUCGGAAACACGGCAAACCGGAUUACCUGCCAAUUGUUUGUGUGAAUGCCCCAAUGAGUUUCCGAGAAAAAGUCGCCUACUUUGCGAUUUCGGAAUGCGUUGUGGUGAAUGCCGUUCGAGAUGGGAUGAACUUAAUCCCUUACAAGUACACCGUAUCCAGACAAGGCAGCCCUGAACUGGAUGAGGCGCUCGGAUUCGAAAAAAACUCGGGCCCACCGAAGAAAAGUGUGAUUAUUGUCUCGGAGUUUAUCGGUUGUUCACCUUCGUUAAGCGGGGCGAUUAGGGUUAACCCGUGGGAUAUUAACAGCGUGGCAGAUGCAAUGGUAUCUGGUAUAACAAUGUCGGAUUCCGAAAAGGAAUUGAGGCACGAUAAGCACUACAAGUACAUUGCGUCGCACGAUGUUGCCUAUUGGGCAAAGAGCUUCGAUCAAGAUCUCGAAAGAGCUUGUGGAGAGCACUACAGCAAGAGGUGUUGGGGUAUUGGGUUCGGGCUUAACUCGAGGGUCGUUGCUUUGGGCCCGAAUUUUAGGAAGCUCUCGGUGGAGCACAUUGUGUCUGCUUAUAAAGAGACGCGUAGUAGGCUUAUACUUCUUGAUUACGACGGGACUAUGAUGCCCCCGGAUUUAGUGGAUAAAUCCCCGAGCGGUGAAGUUAUUUCUCUCUUGAAUAGUUUAUGCAACGACCCAAAGAAUGUGGUGUUCAUUGUUAGUGGGAGAGGGAAAGAUUCGCUCGGGAAAUGGUUCUCGCAGUGCGAAAAACUCGGUCUUUCGGCCGAACAUGGUUACUUCACUAGGUGGAGUGGGAAUUCGGAGUGGGAAUCUUGUGGGCUAGCAGUGGAUUUGGAUUGGAAGAAAAUAGUUUUGCCCGUUAUGGAGCAUUACACCGAAGCAACCGAUGGUUCGUCUAUUGAGCACAAGGAGAGUGCUUUGGUUUGGCAUCAUCAAGAAGCCGAUCUUGAUUUUGGGUCGUGGCAAGCGAAGGAGCUUCUAGAUCACUUGGAGAGUGUGCUUGCUAAUGAUCCUGUUGUGGUGAAAAACGGGCAACAAAUUGUCGAGGUGAAACCACAGGGGGUGAGCAAAGGUGGGGUAGUGAAGAAAAUAAUGGAGACAAUGAGGAACACAGGAAAGGGGGCAGAUUUUGUUUUGUGCAUAGGAGACGACAGAUCAGACGAAGAAAUGUUCGAGGCAAUUGCCAGCUCAGUUGCCGACCGGUCGUUACCCGAAACUGCAGAGGUUUUUGCAUGCACAGUAGGACAGAAACCUAGUAUGGCGAAAUAUUACCUCGACGACACAUUUGAAGUCAUCAAAAUGCUUCAAGGGAUUUCGUCUGCAUCUUCGGCACAACACCUAAUUCCAAAGGAGCCUCGAAAUCGGGUCUCGUUUGAAGGGUCGGUUUGAACAGGUUCUAGAGAGAGAAAGGCAGGGGGCUUUGUACAGAAAGAUACAUCACAUAAUUAAUUACUACUCAGGUUAUCUCUAAUGUGAUAUAAUAUAACAGUUUUUUUUUCUUUUUGUCCAUAGUUGGUUUAUGAUGAUGAUGAUGAUGAUGAUAUAUCAAGAAUAGGUGUUCUUGUUUGUUCUACAAUUUAUACAGACCCUUUUCUUGUUUAGUUAUAUACAUUUUUUUUGGUUUUAA